AUGGCCAUUGCGGUCUCGUACCCCUAUCUAGCCGGUCGCAUCUCAGCCUUGUCCACUCUGACAUCAAGCGCACUGAACAAGAUCGGUGAAGAAAGGAGCUUCUCCAAGUAUGAAGUGUUGUUUUAUGACCAGAUACGGAAUUGCGAGGACGCGAUAUUGGUCGACGGCCACGGAGCCGCAAUAUUGAGCUGUGAUGCCGGACGAGACCGGUGGAACACCGUCAUGGGAACUUUCUAUCAGAACCGAACAACGAUCACACCUGGCAGGCUCUGGCUGUAUCGAUAUGAUGAGCAAAUGCAUUUUGGAUCGUCGGGCCUUUACCCGAUCAAAUUUGAAGCGCUCCCGGACGAGUCCAAAUUCCACCCUCUGGGCAUCGAGUAUCAUGAGAACAGCUCGACUCUCUUCGUCAUCAACCAUCACUUGGAUGGUUCGCGGAUCGAAGUAUUCGAUCUGAACCUGAAGUCCCAUGAUCCAAUCGCGAGACACAAAAGAACGCUCAUUCAUCCACAGCUCACCACACCAAAUUCUCUUCGGGCUCUGAACGAGCAUGAGCUCUUCGUGAGCAACGAUCACUACUUCCAGGUCCGAAUGAACCCCCUGCUGGCCAAAACCGAGACCUACGGUGCUCUUCCCUUGGGAGGCGUUGUGCAUGUGCACAUGCACAACGACGGAUCGACUUCCGUCAGACCUCUCGCUAGAGUGCCAUUCGCCAACGGCGUCGAGUUUCUCAAUGCCUCCACGCUGGCAGUGGCGUCAACCAGCGCACGUGAUGUUCGGCUAUAUAACAUCAAGUCAGACCGUAGUCUUGAACUGGUUGAGACAAUCUCUGUGUCUAUGAUGCCGGACAAUCUAUCAGUGGACAAAAAGGGUCGCCUGCUGAUCACCGGCCACCCACAUCUACCAGCUCUGGCUAGAAUGAUCUCGGAUCGGACACGGUGCCUGGACCAGAAUUCGGCUGAUGAGAGUGCGUGCUACGACAUGAGCGUCCCCAGCUGCGUGAUGGAAUGGACCGGAGAGAGUGGAAUCAAGACUGUCUACAGAACGGCUGGCGAAUUUAGUAGCAGUUCCACGGCCGUGAGGGAUGUGGGAUAUGGAAUUGGCUUGAUCACGGGUCUUUACGAGAAGGGAAUCUUGGUCUGGAAGGAAUGA